AUGUUGCGCCCGGUUCGAACCGAGUACAAGCCGCCGUCGCCGUCGCCGUUGAACUCUCCUUCGCGCCUUCCCACCGGCGCCGCCGCUGGGUGGCCGGGCGGUAGGGGGAGGGGCAGCGGCAGCAGCAGGGGGCAAUGGUGGCGGGGGGCUUUGGUCGGGGCGGUCUCUGCCCUGAUCGUGUGCGGCGCGGGGAGGGUGCUGCUGGGCGGCGCUGGCGGCGGGAGCGGUGGCGGCGGGAGUGGUGGCGGCGGGAGUGGCGACACCCGGGGCCUUGCUGAGGAGGAGACCAGGAACCAUGGCGAGCGCUGUCCGGUUUUUAACGCCGUCACGGGGGAGACGAAGGUUCCGGACGAUUCGCCACCGAAGAAAAUCGAGACGUUGAUCAAGCCCGGGAAGGCUUACCCCAUCAAGUCUCAGGACUGGGCCACACGCGUGUACGCGGCUAAGUCGGCCAGGAGCCAGGCGUCCAAGGGGGCGGGACCGGACGAGAUCGGUCGGGCCGCGCUCUCGAAGCGGUUGGCUGCGCGCCAGCUACAGGGGCCACGGGAAGAAAGCGGAGGAACCGCUGCCGUUUUGACUCUCCUGGUGGCCGACGCCAAGAAGCCACAGCCGUUCCUGUCCGCUCUCGGGGGGAGACAGAGCUGGGACCCCGAACAUCGCGCGACAGCGGCGGCGGCAGGAGCGGGGGAAGCUGAGUGGGCUUGGGAAGAGGUGUUCGUCUGCGAGGAGGACGAGGGUGCCCUGGACGGGAUCUUGGGCUCGCGGGGGGAGGGGGAGGCAUGGCGAGAGGCGCUCGAACGAGGGGCGGUCAAGCUGGUACCCUGUAGCUCCGGGGGGGCGGACGAAAGGCGAGCCGGCGAGCUGUCCCUCGCGUGCGCCGCCGGGGACGCCUCCGUGUCUGAGUUCGUGUGGGUGCCGGGGCCGGCGGUGGCGGAGGCCCUGGGCAUGGCGGACGCGAAGCGGUCGACCCCGUCGGGCAGGGGUGCGGAGGUCGUGGCGAGGCUCUCCAGGGCUGCCGCCGCCACGGGAGUGGAAGGCGUUUUCGGGGUGCGGGGAUGGCAGCGCACGCAGGACGCGCCCCGGCCGAAGCGGCAACGCCGGGGUCUGCUGGUGCAGUCAGGAGGUGUGGUCGGCGGGGAACCUAGACGCGACGCUCCCGAACCGGCACAACCCGAUGGAGAACCGGAAGGCGAAACGGCGGGAGGGGGAAGAAGAAGUCUCCUCAAGGCGUUCAAGCGGACAGGACGAGACGAGAAGCCCUGGCAGUUCGUGGGGGGAGCUGGUGCUGGCGCUGAAACCGGUGCCGGUUUGGUGGAGGUGGACGCUCUCACGGACGCUUUGUUCGUCAGAGGAACCCACCUCAGGCACGCGUGCGCCCUGCUCCGCAACGCCGGCACCAGCGGCAGAGCAGCGGGAAGAAGGCUUGGGGUGUCGUCUGCCGGUGACGGCGGCGAGGAGGAAACGAGUGACUUCGUCGACGGCCAAAGGCAAGAACAAGAAGAAGAAGAAGCAAAAGAACGAGAACAAGAACAAGGCAUAAGCCCCGACCGCCGCCGCCGCCGUGCUACCAUGGCGAAGACGACGGGAAACGAAGCAGCAAACUCCGCGAUCAGCUUCAUGAAGCUCCCGGCAGUGUCCUACGUCCUCCGCAAGACCCUCGGGGUGCGGAGCUACGCCUCCAGCGAGCUGCUGCCAUGGGGGGGACCGGAUGGCGGAAAGGUCCGCUGGUCCUGGGGCGGCGGGAAGGGCGACGACAACCUGGGGAGCUUCGAGGCUUCAGUCCCGGGCAGCGAGUUCUUGCCGUGGGAGUGUCUGUCCCGUUCGGGACUGGAGCCCGUGCUUCUCUCCGUGACAGAUCUGCGAGACCUACGAGCGAUCAAGGCGGAGAUCGCGUACGUCCUCCUUCCCGAGGAGGACGUGCCCAACUCCCUCUGGCUGGCGAGGCUAGCGCCGACCGCCCUGUCCAGCUGGUCCCGCCCGCGGUUCUCGGUGUCGAUCAUCACGAACGACCGGCCCCGGUCCCUCUCGAGGCUGCUCGAUUCUCUCCAACGUUCCAGGCUCUUCGGAGACGAGAUGGCGGUAGAUUUUUACAUCGAGAGCUCGGCCGACGACGACACUUUGGGCGUCGCGGAGAGGUUUUCGUCCGUGUGGGGGGACCGGGGACAAGUACAGACCCACUUCCGGGUCCUGAAAGGCGGCUUGAUUCGCGCCGUUACGGAAUCUUUCUUCCCUUCCGACAGGGACGACAUCGGGGUUUCGCCGCAUUUUUACGCCUGGGGGAAGUGGGCCCCCCUGACUUACCAGUACGGGGCCCCCUCGGACUUCAUGGAGAACAUGUACGGCGUCAGCCUUUCCAUUCCGAGGGUCGACGAGCUGAACAAGAAGCGGCACGUGUACGACAGCAACAAGCUCAUCGCUUCCAUUCCGGGCGGGGCGAAGUACAUGCCCUACCUGCACCAGCUGCCCUGCAGGUGGAAAACCUCAUGGAAGCGCUUCUUCAUCGAGAUGGCCUACCAGGCGCAGUACUACAUGCUCUACCCCAACUUCUUCAACCAGACUUCCUUCGCCACCAACUGGUUAGAGGCCGGCGAGCACAUCAAGAUCGAUCAGGAUAAGGCCAACGACGGUAAACCCGCGCCCGCUGCCCCCAAGGUGCCUCCUCACGACCCCGUGGCUUACUUGUAG